CCACCUGCUGCACUCACUCCAUUCAUUCUCAGCAAUCCAAUUUAUAGAUACAGAUUUUCCCUGUCUCUAUUUCCCUCUUGAUUCUUCCAUCAUUAUCUCUUCAGAUGGCUCGUACUAAGCAGACUGCUCGCAAGUCCACCGGAGGCAAGGCCCCGAGGAAGCAGCUGGCCACCAAGGCCGCCAGGAAGUCCGCCCCCGCCACCGGUGGAGUCAAGAAGCCUCACCGCUUCCGCCCUGGAACCGUUGCACUCCGUGAGAUCCGCAAGUACCAGAAAUCCACUGAGCUUCUGAUCCGGAAACUGCCCUUCCAGAGGCUGGUUCGAGAAAUUGCUCAGGACUUCAAGACUGAUCUGAGGUUCCAGAGCUCCGCCGUGGCUGCGCUGCAGGAGGCGGCGGAGGCGUAUUUGGUUGGGCUGUUUGAGGAUACCAACCUCUGUGCUAUUCACGCUAAGAGAGUUACUAUCAUGCCUAAGGAUAUUCAACUUGCUAGGAGGAUUAGAGGCGAGAGGGCUUAGAUGAACUGACAUCUGUUAAGACACGGGUUUGGGUCAGUUUGAUGGGUUUACUUCCGGGUUGUUUGUGAUGUUAGGCCACGCAGUCGGGUUGAUCGUGUACAUUUGUUCUGCUGUAGUUUCUUUUAGUCAGUAAACCUCUGGUUUAAGUAGCUUUAUGAAUUUCAAUCUCAAUUAAAUCUGGUUUCAAUUGAAUUUUCAAAGUGUUAGACGAUUUUUCCUGUUAUCUUUCACUGAUAUUAACUUUUUUGUUCA